AUGAAGUUCUUUUUCCCUGGUUGGAAGUUGUCUUGGCCCGCCUGGGUCCCCGACUGGCUUCGGCUGUUUCCGUGGGUGUCCUUUUGCUCCAUUUUGGUGGGCAUCGCUGGCUUCAUAGCCAACAUCAUUCUCCGGGCCAAGGCCGUAGGCCACCCGGUCGCGGAAUGGCCGUACCCGCUUGAACCCCAAAUGCUCGUCUCCGGCAUCAGCAUGAUCAGCGUCGCCUCUCUCACCUUUGGGUUCAAAAUUGGGGGUAUUAUUGGCUUCUGGGUUCGCGCACGGAGAGGAAUGAGUUUGAGCAAAGUUCAUUAUGUUCGAGAAAGCACGACGAGCAUGGCUGAAGCCAUGAAGGCUGUGAAGCGCGGAAAGGCCCUAUGGGUCGCAUGGAUGUCCAUAAUCUUUUGUGUGGUGGCAUGCGGCAAUGCUUGGUUCUGGAGUCACUCGAUGUACCAGGGAGAUGUCACGAUUCGUAACAACGGGACGUUAGAUGUGCAUAUCACUCCCGACAUCAUGUCUUUUCAUAUUUACAUCCUAUCUUUUCAUGUUUACAUCCUAUCAUUUCAUGUUUACAUCAUUGGCGAACUGAAAUAUUUUUCUCAACUCACCUCCUACCGCGCAUCAUGGCCUUGGGUGAGGAAAGAGGCUAACAUAUUUUGCAGCGAGUACUACCCGUUGCCCAGCCAGUCGAGGUUUUCUUACGAGUUUUUCCCAAACCUUUUCUUCUUGCCCCUCGAGCCGCGUCCGUUCCACGUCGUACAACAUGACGUACGCCUAGAGAUUCUGACAAAGAUGGUGCGAGACCUCUACAACACAAAAUUUGGCACAAUUCAUCGCCAACGGCACUGGCGGUUUAGUGACGAUGUUAUCGACACGGGUUCAAGCUAUAGAAGCCAUAUCGCCGCUGGGUACGCUAUCAAACCUGAAAUACAGAAACAAGGCGUGCUCCCAUGCAGAAUGAGUUUUCUGUCUCCGAUGACCGACAUCAUCGAGACGUACCAGAACCUGGCCCUGAGGAUUUCGGUGUUGGCGGCGGUUGAUGCGGGUAUAACCCAGCCCGUGAAGUGCUGUAGCGAAAAAGCUCAGCGAUAUGCUUCCGCGAUCUCUAUUGUUAUUUUGACGCAUUGGGGCUUCUGGGAGCUCCCAAGGGUUUUCACAAUGAGCCCCAUUGAGCUCUUCAAUGCCGUCGCCCAUCACCCUCACAGCCCUCAAAACCUUCUCGUGGUCUUGGCAAAAGCCAAGGACGAUGCUUCGGCCUGGAAAUUGAAGAAAGAGGGCCGGGACGAAAAAUGGGGAUUUGAAGUUCAGAUGGAAGAACACGAGCUAGAGGAGCAGCUCUAA